AUGUUCCGCGUCAAAGGCACCACCUUCAACUCCGGAACCCGAUUCUACCUGACCAUCCCCAACGAUGAAUCCUCCGUCGAAUACGCCGCCUGGUACAUCUUCGUCCCCAUACACACACAAGGACGACUCAGCGACCCAGAGCUCAUGGCCGAACUCGUGGAAUACGCGGCAGGCAUCGAGGUGCCAGAAGAGGAGCUCAAGUACCGCAGGGACGCGUUCAGCUAUGGCGGCUUGUGGAUCGAGAUUGUGACGCCGCUGAGCUGUAACUGCAGUGAUGUGAUACUGCGUCUGUUUACGGGACUGAAGGCCCUUCAGGAUUUUGUGGGCAAUGGCCAGUUUCCGGGUAGACCGCCCCUGAUGCAGCACCCGAUGUAUAGUGUGGAGGACUUUGCAGAUGAUUUUCCGGCUAUGAUUGUGCGGAGGAGGCAGAGGUAG